AUGUCGGCUGCCGGUGCUGUCGUAUAUUCAAUGAUUCUGGCUAAUGUCAUUGUGAUUUGUAACUUGGCUUUGGUUUCUUCUGGAAUGGAGAAUUCCGGUGGGUAUUUGGCGAUUCUGAAGGCUUGUGUUUUGAUAAAGGGGAGGACUUUGACUGCUUUGGCAUUGGCGGUGCCUGCGAAUCUGGCGUUGGCGGCCAUUGAUGCUCUGUUCCAUUACCGUGUUGUUGUGAGUGCUUAUAGUUAUCGUAGUGAAGGUGGGUUUUUGCUGGCUUUGGAAGGGGUUUUGAUCGCUUAUUUGUACGCCGUUUUCGUUGUUCUUGAUACUGUGGUGAGCUGCACGUUCUUCAAGAGCUGCAAAACUGAGUGCUUGGUGGAUCAUCCACAAGGAAGAUAUUGUUACAAGGUUGAGAUUGUUGCAGAGAGAGGGGGGAAAGCGUUUGUGAAGUUGAAGAAUAUUGAAGAAUUUGCAUAG